UCUUAUCUUUGUAUUAAUGCCUCAAACUUAUUCCUUUAUUAGGUCACUCUCCCGUUAUAUGCUCUAUUAUUUAAUGACCCCUUAAAUUAACUUAGCCUACGCUACCUAGUUCCCCAUUAACACCACCUCUACUCUCUCUUUCUCUCUCUCACCUAGUCUUCUUAGUUUUCUUCUCUCUCUCGGUCAUGUGGUCACCGCCAUGGCUAAGAUCACCCAGCAGAGUUCAGAGACCAAAAUCACGGCCACAAACAUUCUCUUGCUCAUCCUUUAAGGACAUACAAACCCUACUUCAAGAAGAAAAACCCGAACCUGAGACCGAGGUCGGGUUACUCAGCCCAAGACGGGCCUCCAUUUUUCACCGGGUCCGGAUCGCCAGCUCAGUCCUCCGCUUCUGGGCCCACCACCGUAACCCCUCCCACCCAACUCUGUCCUUACCAGACAGUGACCAGCGGGUGGUGAUCUUCUACACCAGCUUACGCGUGGUCCGCAAGACCUUCGAGGACUGCAGAACCGUCCGAUCCAUACUUCGAGGGCUACGUGUCCCAAUCGACGAACGAGAUGUGUCAAUGGAUGCUGAGUCUCUGGACGAGCUACAGGGGAUUGUGGGAACGAAGAGACUGAAUCUGCCGAUGGUUUUCAUAGGUGGGAGAUUCGUAGGUGGCUGCGACGAGAUCCGGAAACUCAACGAGUGUGGUGAGUUGAAGAUGCUGAUCCAAGGGCUGCCAGUGGUCGAUUCGAAUGGUUGUGAUUCUUGUGGAGGGCUGAGAUUUGUUGUGUGCGAUGAAUGUGAUGGAAGCCAUAAGGUUUACAGUUACGCUGGGGAAUGUGGUUUUAGGACUUGUUUGGCUUGCAAUGAAAACGGUCUCGUCAAAUGCCCUUCCUGCUCUGCUGUUAGAAUUAGACGCAAACAGACUUAAAAAAAAAGCCUUUAGAAAGAAGAGAGAUUUAGAUUCAGAAACUUUCCUCCCUUCUCUUUGGAUUAUUUUAUUUAUUUAUUUUAGUUCAUAAACUUAUAAAAUGUUAAGGGUUUAAUUGUACCUAGAUAUGAAUUUAGCAUUUUAGAAAUUUGACUUAUACAGCUGAAUCUUUUACUUGGGUAAAUUAUUCAAAUUGAGAAAGUGGAGGGAGGGAGGGAGGGGAGAAUUUAUUUUGACAGCUUGAGACACAUUUGAUAUGAUGUUUCCUGGUUGACAAAAUGGAUAAUAGAAUAAUAUUCUUGAAUCAUUUUCAUUA